AACUCCGCAUCUAAUCUCUCACAAUCUUCAUCAGCCACCGCACAACAAACAGGAAUUUCAAGGAACGAUAAUGGCACGCAAGAAGAUCAGAGAGUAUGAUUCCAAGAGGCUGGUGAAGGAGCAUUAUAAGAGGAUUUCUGGUUCCGAAUUGGCUAUUAGAUCUGCACAGGUUACAGAAUCAACCGACUUGAAUGAUCUAAUAGAGAAGGAACCUUGGCUCUCCUCAUCCAAAUUGGUUGUAAAACCAGAUAUGUUGUUUGGGAAGCGUGGUAAGAGUGGCCUAGUUGCCCUGAAUCUCGAUUUGGCCCAAGUUUCUGAAUUUGUAAAGGCACGUCUUGGCAAAGAGGUUGAGAUGGGAGGAUGCAAAGGACCCAUCACCACAUUCAUCGUUGAACCAUUUGUUCCACACAACGAUGAAUUUUAUAUCAACAUUGUUUCCGAGCGACUAGGGUGUAGCAUUAGUUUUUCAGAAUGUGGAGGAAUUGACAUUGAAGAGAACUGGAACAAGGUCAAGACAAUUUUUUUACCAACUGGGGUGUCUUUGAAUCAAGAGAUAUGCGCUCCACUUGUUGCGACCCUUCCAUUGGAGAUCAAACCUGUAAUUGAGGAGUUCAUCACAGUCAUAUAUGCUCUAUUUAUUGAUCUUGACUUCACUUUCCUUGAAAUGAACCCUUUCACCUUGGUUGACGGAAAGCCUUAUCCUCUUGAUAUGAGAGGAGAGCUUGAUGACACUGCUGCCUUUAAAAACUUCAAGAAGUGGGGCAGCAUUGAGUUCCCAUUGCCUUUCGGAAGAGUAAUGAGUGCCACCGAAAGCUUUAUUCAUGGACUAGAUGAAAAGACUAGUGCAUCUUUGAAGUUUACGGUUCUUAAUCCAAAGGGACGAAUUUGGACCAUGGUUGCCGGUGGAGGUGCCAGUGUCAUAUAUGCUGAUACGGUUGGAGAUCUUGGUUUUGCUUCCGAGCUCGGAAACUAUGCAGAAUACAGUGGUGCACCCAAUGAAGAGGAGGUUUUGCAGUAUGCUCGAGUUGUCAUCGAUUGCGCAACCGCUGAUCCAGAUGGUCAAAAGAGAGCCCUUGUUGUAGGAGGCGGAAUUGCCAACUUCACUGAUGUUGCAGCCACAUUCAACGGCAUAAUUCGUGCCAUGAAAGAGAAGGAGUCUAAGUUGAAAGCUGCCAAUAUGCACAUCUAUGUACGGAGAGGAGGUCCGAAUUACCAAAAAGGACUUGCAAGGAUGCGUGCGCUAGGAGAUGAAAUAGGCAUCCCGAUUGAGGUGUAUGGGCCUGAGGCAACCAUGACCGGAAUAUGCAAACAAGCGAUCGAAUGCAUUACUGCCGCCGCGUAAAUUUGGCCAACCUUCGUGUUUUUCCCCUUUUCUCAUCUGUCGUCACAUUCAAAUGGAAGUGUUCUGUUUUGGUUCGCUGUAUUGUUCUUUCAAAUGACAUUGUAGAAAACCGAAGAAAAGGGAAUAAUUGUGGCUCGUUUAAUUUCAAAGUACAAGAUUGUUUACGGAUUGUUCGGUAACGGCUUUGAAUGGCUGAAUGAGAUUAAUGGCUUAUUUGGUAAGUCA